AGAAAGAUGUAUGUAGUAGCCCAAAGCAGCCGCUAGGGGUCAGAAGCACAACGAGCCUGUGAAACCAGAUACUAACUCAGCCCGACUGUAGGUGGCAGUGAGGCAACAAGCGACAGCGUAAAUCACACGAAGAAGGAGCUGUUGCACCGGAAGUCGCUGAGGCGGGAGAUUUGAGGACGUAAACAAACUUUCAGUCGGCGUGUCGUUUGUUUGUCUCGUUUCACAUCGACCAGCUACAGAAAAAAUGCUCAACAAGGCACCCAGACUGAAACACACGGUUAAAACGAAGAUGAAGAGCAACACAAACGUGAGGCCGGCGUCGGAAGCGAUGAUUGAGCUGCUGACUCUGCUGUUCCUGAACAGUCUGGCCGAGGAGGCCAAGGCCAGAGCGUUUGAAGACAAAUCUGCGACUAUUAGAGCUCAGCACCUCAAAGCGGUCUCCAAGAAAGUCCUGAAAAAAGCCAGAGGGUGAAGACAGUGAAGUUCAUAAUCAGUCAUUUUAUGAGCAUUGUUGUAAAAUCUUAUUAUGAAUGACAGUAGCAAUAUUUUUGCUUUUUUAUUAUACAUACUUUUUCUUCUGAAAUGUUCUCUUUUGUGUUUUUUAUUCUGCCCCGUGUAAAUAAAUGUUUCCCCGUCA